UCAAACAACAUAUACGAAAUAAGAGCUGGGAGUCUGCCGGCAGGUUUGAAGGAGAUUUCGAUAAACAACAAUCCUAUCACAAAUAUUGACAAGGACGCUUUCAGUGAUCUUUCAAUAACUUUAGCGACAUUGCAUUUUUCCAGCGCUAAUUUUACCAGAAUUCCAGACGCAUUUCUACGCUUGAACGCUCUUCAAACUUUAAGUUUACAAGAUACCACAAUCUUGGAUUGGAACCCAGCGGCCAUGACACAUUUAGGACAGACUUUGGAGAGGUUGAGCUUAGCAAAUGUUGGAUUUACCACCUGGCCAGUUUGGCUCCAGACUUUUUCACAUUUAAUGGAAUUAGAUAUUGUAAACAGCGCAAUUUCAUCAAUACCAAGCAAUGCAUUUGACAAUUUGGCCAAGAGUUUAAUUACCCUGUCACUUUACAACAAUAGUUUUAUUGGUAUUCCAAAAGCAAUAUCUGUACUGAGUAAUUUGCUGACAUUAGACUUACGCUACAAUAAAAUCUCCAACAUAAGUUCUCUACCCCAGCCAGGACAAUUAUCAGAUUUGUCCUUAAGUAAUAACUUCAUCUCCGAUGCCAACCAACUCAGUGAUCUGCUCCGUCCUCACGCGGACUCUCUUGUCUCUCUAACUCUGUCUUUCAAUCGACUUACAUCCAUACCUGAUUUGUCCUUUCUAACUAAAGUAGUCAGCUUGGAUUUGAACAAUAACCAAAUAUCAGCUGCAUUUUCCGGCUCUGUCUAUGGCGAUAUUGACGAACUUAACCUGGGGUAUAACUUCCUACCUCAUAUCCCACCUUUUUACAAACAGUUACAGCUGUUAUCAUUUAUGGAUUUACCGCAUAACUCAAUUCGGGAAGUAGUAGGAACCGACAUUCCAAUUUGGGUAACGGAUAUAGAUCUCGAUUUUAAUCUGAUUACCGAAUUAACAGAUACGAGUUUUCCAGUAAAUUCGUCACUUGAAGGUUUAACGUUGGAUAAUGUCCCAAUUGCCAAAAUAUCCGUUUUGGCUUUCAUUAAUCUUCACUCACUCGUUUCUUUGAGCCUGGUCAAUACAAAACUGACCCGCCUACCGCUCAGUCUGGCCAUUUACAGGCUGUGCGUUAUCUAG